GUUUUGGUCGUCGCUUCCGAAUUCCGAUUACUAUCUCUUCUAGCGUUUCGAGUUUUUCGAAAACUGCAUCGUGUCUUCUUCGGAAAUGCCUUCCGCCUCCUCCUUCUCAGACCACCACUUGCGGCUCUCUCCUCCGCGAAUUGCAGAUGUUGUGGGAUGAAAUUGGAGAGAGUGAUAUUGAAAGAGACAAGAUGCUUCUAGAACUAGAGCAAGAAUGCUUUAAUAUUUACCGGAAAAAGGUUGAAAUGACUAGAAAGCACGGGGUUGAUUUGAAUCGAUCCCUGACUGAAGCUGAAGCAGAAAUAGCUCACCCUGUUUCUGUACUUGGGGGAUAUGCUUCCUUAUCACGGUGAGGAAAUUAGGGGAGCUCAAGUCAUACCUCCAGGAGCUUCAGGAUGAGAAGUUACUUCUGUGAUUCUGCAACGGUACUCUUAUAAUGCUGCAAGUGCUCUGGCUUCUUGAUGAUUGUGAAGUUUACACCUUCUUUUACUUUGUCUGAAGGUUAUUUGGUUACAGAAAGCUAACAGCCAUAUUAACACCAUUCAAGUUCUUUCAUUUGUGAUGUCACUUGAUUUCUUAAAGACAGUGAAUGAGAUUCAUCCAAGCUUGAUCAAUCCUGCAAAUGGUCAAUCGAAAAGUAUCGGCAAUGGUACUCUUGCUAUGUUAAUAACUGUGGUUAAUUCACUAAUACAAGAUAAACAAGUUCUCUAAAGAUUUUGUUUUUACUUGAUGAAGUCUCUAGGCAAGGUUCCCUUGGUCUUGAUGUCAUUGAGCCAGUGAUUGGGGUUGAAUGUUUUCAAAGCAAGCAAGGUGAAAGAGUUGGUGUUCAAGCAGCAAAAUGAGUUUGAAGAAAUCUACAAAAGGGUUCAUAGGGAUGUAGUUAGUGAUGCAGCACAACAGAUACUUAUGAGCCUCAGAAUCUGUUUAUAGCUUCUAUUAUGAUCGUUUACCUCAUUAUACUUUUCUGCUUGAUUCUGAAUUUUCAUUUUGCACUGUGGUUGUGGGCCUUCUUCAUGAAUCCGUAACAAAGCACAACAAAGCAUUCAGGGGGGACACAUGCCCUUCUUGUGAAUUGUUCUGAUAAUUCUCCCAAAAUGUGCUUCAAAGGUAAUGUUAAUCUGCCUGAUCUGGUAUCAAGCAUGGAUGUUCAGAUUGCAAAAGCCAAAUGAGAAGCUUUAAGCAGGAAGGAUAUUUUGGAAAGGCAGAGAAAUGGAAACAUGCAUCUGAGGAGGAAGAGUGGCUUGAAGAGUAUGAAAUGGAUGAAAAUCGGUAUAGUGAAGGAAGAGGAGCCCACAAAAACCUGAAAUGUGCAGAGAAAGCAAGGAUUUUGGUCGGUGAAAUAACAACCAUGGUUGAAAAUUUAACCAUGAAAGUAAAGGUGUGGGAGAUGGAGAAAGGAAUCCCCUUUUUAUAUGACGAGGCUCCAUUCCUUCAUAUGUUGGGGGGAUAUAGUCUGCUACAACAGGAGAGAGGAGGAGAAGCAUAGAUCUUGGAUAUGGCUUAAUUAUAUGUGUACAUGUCUCUAUUUAUGGAUUAAGUGGUCUCUGUUUAUCAUCCAUCCAUCAGCUGCAUUGAAGCCUUUUACCGUCUAAACUCCACACCCCUAUCCCCCCGCCCACCCUACACACACACAAUUAUUGCUUUCAUUGUCUUGCAGGAGCAGAAACCCUGUGGCAGAACAAGAGGCACUCUUUGGCUCGAAAACCACAGCCACUAGGUCAGAGCACAAGUGCUAACAGCAUGGUUUGAACCCCAGUUGGUUGCACAAGGCAGGGUGGGAUUUCUUGCACGAAGGAACAUAGAGAAAGUGGCAGGGUUAAUAAUGUUAUGCCCUCAAAUUCUCUUGCUCUUCCAAAGGAUCAUGGUGGUUGCUAGAGGUAGGUAGCCCCAUCUUUUUUUUUUUAGGAUCUCAGUGUAAAUUUCUUCAUUCUAUUUCAUUGCAAUUUUUCGCAUGUGAUCAAGGAGCAACAAGGACAUCUUUGUCCCAAAAAAAAGAAAAGAAAAAAAAGAAG